AUGGUUCUACUUGAUGAAAUUGGUAUGGAGAAGGUUACUUACGAAGUUGUAAAGGAUGUACCAUCCUACAUCCGGCUAGAGGCUAAUGAACAAUUGGUUUACUUUAAACAUGGGAAGUAUCAUACAGCAAAAGGUAUAGCUGGCAUACUUUGCAGUCCCAAAUCCCUGCAGUUUGAUACUUUUAGUGAAAAGGUGCAAAAUCAACACCAGUUCGAAUUACCGCAGCAUCGAUUGGCAUUAUUGCUUCAUGGACAUUCAUCGAAUAAGAACUACCCAUAUCAGCCCAUGAUGGCUUCAAGGCUUACUGAGAUGGGAUUCUUUGUGAUAAGAAUGGAUUUUAGAGGGUUGGGAGAUUCCGAGGAUAACAGAGAUCGUGACGUAGGACGUACCAUAUCUCAAGAUGUGGAAGACAUAGAUACUAUUUAUGAAUUUGUAUCGUCGCCACGGUUAUGUAAGGAACUCUGUGGAUUUACGUUGACUCUUGAUACCAUCAUGGCGCAUUCGCGUGGAGUUGUGUCGAUGUUCGAAUUUGCCAGAUCCAAUCCUGACAAGUAUAUUCCAAACUUGAUCAAUCUUGCGGGCAGAUUCGAUGGGCAGGGUUUGUUGAGAAAACGAUUGAAGGAUUGUGCCGACUGGCGUCAGAAUGGUGGCUAUUGGUGUAAAUUUCCAAGGUAUGGGGAUCAUGUAAAGACUUGGGUCCCUUGCUCAGAGACUUUAAGCGCAGUCGAAGUUGAUGCGGCAGCUUUUAAGAGUAUCGAUAAGAGAACUUGGGUCCUUUCCUGCUAUGGAGUUAAUGAUGAAGUUAUUCCUAUGGAUGCUGCAGCAAAUUACGCAAAUACUUUUAGUGGUAGGCAUACCUUGAGGUUAAUUCAUGGUGCGAAUCAUAAUUUCCUUGGAUUGCCCAAUGAUCGUAAUGAACUUAAUUUACCACUUCGUAAGGGUCUUGUUAACUAUUGUUGCAAGCUAGUAGAUCUGGUCGCAGAGCAUUUGUCGCGUGAAAGUCAGUUGGAAAGAUUCUAUCAAAUGACUUCGAUUGUGCGUGGUACCAGUGUGAACCCAUCUGAUGUCAUUGCACGUUGGCCAUUACCAUAUGAAUUUUCAAAAGUUUCGAAUUUCAGAGACUUGGGUGGCUAUCCAACUUCUUUCCAUGGUCGGAGAGUCAAGACUGGAUGUGUAUACCGUUGUGCUAAUCCAUGUGACGUUACUGAGGAUGCACUUAGAUAUUUGAAAUCAAAUCUGCAUUUGAAGCGGGUCUUUGACUUGAGAGCAACAGGUGAAGCAGCUGACAAUGGUCUAUUCCCCGACAAUGACAUGGUUCAAAAUAUCGCAUGCAAUCAAAAUGCAAGUGUAUCACCAGAAGUUAUGGCAGAACACUACCAUGGCUUAUUAAUCUCCUCGUACAGUUUCCCCAAGGCCUACAUGAUAGUUUUGAAGAAUUCGACGAACGCUAUCAAAACUUUCUUCCAGUAUAUCCUCGAUGGUAACUGUCAUCAGCAAAGCUCCUUGUUGUUCCACUGUACUGCAGGUAAGGAUAGGACCGGGGUUCUAGGUAUGCUACUUUUAUCCAUUCUAGGUGUCGACAACGACACCAUUGCCAAAGAGUACGAAUUGACGACUAUAGGAUUAAGAACUGAGAUCAAACUCAUCAAAAAGCUAGAGGCUAGGGGUGAUUUAUAUUACACCAUGCUGGGUAAGGAAUCUGAGAAGCUGACACGAAUUUACCAAUUAACGCCAGAGAAAAUGGCGAAGACUCUCAUGUCAUCGGUUUACGAAGCGAUGAGAUUCUUCAUAGAUGAUUUUUGUGCGGAAUUCCAAUCUGUCGAACAAUAUUUUGUUGACAUUUUGGAAUUCACACCUCAUGAUAUUGGGAGGUUGAGAGACAUCCUUCUAGAAUGA